AAAAAAAAAUCAGAUAAAACUAUUGAAUGGCAUUCACAGACAGGAAUAAAAAUGUGGCAGGAAAAAAAAUAGCAUUGGAAAACUAUGCAAGUGCAAUGCAUAAAUAUAUGACAAGGAUGUUUAACUGAGAACACUAGUGGUGGAUCUGGAAGCAGAUAAUAUAAGCCAGAUACGUCCUGACUCAGCACAUCGUCCAGCAAACGCCCAUUGGAUAAGUUCUGUUUCCGUGUCCUAAAAUCCAAACACACCAAAACCACGGUUCACUGUGGGGUCCACAUUCCUUCUUUCUCUCCCCUCACUUUUAUAUAACAACCCUAAUCCCCAAUUUUCGUUACUCACAUUCCUUCCCAAUUUCUCCCACGACAACGUAUCACAAGCUCCCAAUAUAGCAAGCAGCAAACAUGAUUUCUUCCGUGUCCUUUCCAGCGUCUCUUCCCGCCGUUAACUUCUCCGGCAACGCCAUGGCUUCGCCGUCGUGCCGCGUCAAAUCCCGGCCAAUAGUCGCCUUCGCCACCGCCACUGCCACCGCUGAAGCUCGCUCUUCCUGGACGGAGCAACCGAGACCUUCCUAUCUGAACUCCUCUUGCUCUUCGCUUUACGAUAUCCUCGGCAUCCCCGCUGGCGCCUCUAACCAAGAAAUCAAGGCCGCGUACCGGCGACUAGCCAGAGUCUGCCACCCCGACGUGGCGGCCAUCGACCGGAAAAAUUCGUCCGCUGACGAAUUCAUGAAGAUCCACGCCGCGUACUCUACUCUUUCUGAUCCCGACAAGCGCGCUAACUACGAUCGGAGCCUAUUCCGGCGACAACGGCCGUUGUCGACGGCGGCGGUGUUCUCCGGUUACACGCGUCGGAACUGGGAAACGGAUCAGUGCUGGUAGUGAGUCACUGAGUCGACUCGCUCGAGUGAAUGAGAGAAGACGCGGUUAUUGAAGCGCCUUUCUUUGCAUAUAAGUAAUUAAUCACUAGUUAGUUAGUCGUUAGAGUUUGUAUGAUACUACGUAUAUGUAUAGCUACAUACAUACAUAUACGCGUAGAGUAGAAUAGACUGCCACUUGUACUGAGUACUCUUGUAAUAUAAACUUUUCAUCAAAAAUUUUAUGGAUGAAAAAGAAAAAAAAAACAGAAAAGAAAAUUGACUUUGGUAUA